CCCAGAAGGUGUGGUGUGGGUCCUCACUUGACUGUUUUGCCAGGCAGGGACGGACACGACGGGUUGCCAAUAAAGGAUAACAUUUACCCUGUUCAGCUGAUUCCUGGCUGUGACAAAGACCCUUGACACAUGAAAUGGAGCCAUGAGCAAUCGUUAUUCCAUGAAAGGUUGAAGAUGGGAUUAACCAGAGAAGAAUGAAAUAAAAAACAGUAAAAACACUUGACCAGCUGAGACAUCCCAGUUGAUGGAUUCCAUGAUGGAGAACCUAGAAGGAGCUGGGGAACCAGGGCAGAGGUUCUCCUUCAAAUACAGAGGCAGCACUGAGGUGGAUCGCCAUUACUCCAAACCCAUGUUGCCCUGGAUCAUCUCUGAGAUCAAGAACCAACAAAAAUCAGAAGAUGUACAAGUUGAGAUCUCUCGAGGCAAUGUGGUUGUGCGAAGUAUGACAUCAAGAGUAGUGAUCUUGAGUCACACAGUGCGCCAGAUCCAUAAGUGUGUCAUGGAACAGGCUGACCACACUUGUUUUCUCUACACACUCAAGCCUAAUGACAAGGAGCAGGCUGUUGUCCCCGGUGCUCCUGGAUAUGUGUGUGCCAGUGAUCCUAAUCAACUUAUACCAGAAAACAUCUCUGAUCAAAAUUACCAGUGCCACCUCAUGCAGGCUUCUGAUGAACAGCAUGUUCGUAGUUUCUUUGCCUGCCUUAGACAACAGCCUCGAGAAGCCCAGUUAUGUCCUGAACCAUCUGCCCCCAGUUCCCUCAACUCACUGCCAGACCUUUAUGUACAUAACGAAUCUCAGUUUUUUGAGGUCUUAUUUGUUGGGAGAGUGAAAGUUUCCCAUUCAAAGGUGCCACCCAGCUUCAUUGAUGAGGCUUUGUCAGCAUUUAAGCUUCGUGAGAAAACAAGGCAGCGGAACAUAUCUGGAGGGGAUAGUUCCCGGUCUCAGCCCAACUCUGCAACUAUAGCUUUUCAACAAGAAGGAAGUGGUGUCUCUGUUCCCAACAUAAAUUUCUCCAGCUUAAUGAAUGAGCCAGACAGCAGUGCCAGUGGUCAAAAAACAAUAAAGGAGGUUGAUAAAGGAACUCUAUCAGAUUUGACCAAAUCAGAACAAGACAAGGAAUCACAGAAGCAUCCAAAAGUCCGCUUCACCCUUUGGUCAAGUACUGAUGAAACAGGAAAAUCUCCCAGCCACUCAACUGAAGGGCUGAACUACUCUCCUUCAGAAGAUCACAUUCAGUCAUCUGGUCCCAGCUUAUCAUCUACUGAAAUGGUUACAUACCUCAGAUCAAGCAGUGUUCCAGAAGAAUCAAAGGGACCUGAAGGUUCUGAAGCAAAGCAGUCAGAAAAUGAAGAAAAUAACACAACUGAGAUGUCUGUGGUAGAGCCCUUCCGUCAGCGCCUUCGCACUAUAAGUGGAGAUUCUAGUCAGGUUUUUAGAAGGCCAACUGGUGUUCAAGAGUAUGGUAUGAGGGCGCGUGCUGGCUCUAUUGGCAGUAUGACUACUCGGAGCCGCAUGCAUCGCUCAAGUGAAUGUGAACUCAAGAUGCUGAGUCAUGACUUUAAUCGAACUAUGCUUUUUCACAUUGGCCGGAAUGAAAUUCAACUGAUAAAUCCAGAAUUGAAGUCGGUCCAGCUGAAUAAAAGCUUUAAAGAUAUUGCUCAUUGUUGCCAAGGUGUCAAACACAAUGAUCACUUUGGGUUCAUCUGUCGUGAACUGAAUGGAGAACUCCCAUGCUAUUUGGGGUAUGUCUUCAUGUGCCAAAUCAGUUCUGUGACAAAUGAAAUUAUGCAAGCCCUAAGCAAGGCUUUUACUGCUGUACAUGAGGCUCAGGUAAGGGAACGACAAGAAAAUUUGCUGUGUGACCAGUGUCCCAUGCGUUGGUUCAGCAUGCUGUGCACCGAAGUGGAAGGAUUACCAGCUGCCAAGGCUCACACUACUAUCAUGAGGCGACUCUCUAGUCUUCCAGAAGAGGAAAAAAGCAUUUUGAUUGCAAAAUAUGAAGGAGCAGAAGCUACAGAAACACAGACUCAAAACAACAUAUUGAUGAUGUUAUUGAGAGCACACUUUGAGACCAAACAAGCAGCCCAUACCCAUCUAGUCCUGCCUGGUGGAGGAGUAAAACCUGAUACUCAAAGUGGCAACUUAGAAUCAUCUUUACGUCGAGCAAAAAAAAGUUUAACAACAUCAUUCAGUCAGUUUCUGAAAAGAGAUGGCAGAGAAAAUGAUAGUGCUGAAAGGGAGACUUCAGAGGAGGAACAAACAUCAGGAUUUAGCAUGAGUCAAGUAGAGAAAGCACAUCCAUCACCCACUGCAUCCUCAGCUAAAGUAAAAAUGGAAGGUCUCAGUGACUCCCCUCUGGGCCACCGUCCACGCUCCUCCACAGUCAGCUCAGCUGGUGGUGACGCCAUGAGGCGUGAAUUCAUGGCCAAACGUGCGGCAGCCAAGAAGAAAAUGCUCUCAGCUAAAACAGAGUCUGAAAGUAGUUCUCAAGUGUCAGCCAAGAGGAACAUUUUCCUUAAGGUGGGCUCCCCAACUCCACGAAGUGCUCAGGAGGAAGAAAACUCAGGGGAUGGGAAAGUGGUCACAAAGUCUGCCACAUCCUUCAGACAUGCAAUACUUCAGAAAGUUGUAUCACCUCCAAAGGGAAUUGAUUCUUUAGGACAACUAGGAAACCGCAGCACUGAUAACCUUCCCUCUACAAUUAAGAAGUCAAAGGAACAACUCAAGAUAAUAUGGAAGAAGGCCGUGUUCCAACAAAUUCUUCUCAAUCGCUUUGAGCGUGAAAAUCAGCGUCUGAGAGCUCACCAACAUGAAGUGGCAAUGCAGCGUGUACGAUUAAAUUAUGAAGAAGAUGAAAUUCCUGUUGAUGCCGUGCAAGCUUGGCAGCUCAUGUUGACUAGACCCACAGCCAGAAUAGACUCCAAUAUACUGCACAGUGGAAUUAAGCAAGGGGUCCCAAAGUCAUUGCGAGGAGAAGUGUGGCAGUUGCUUAUGUUUCAGUACUUGGCCAGAAACCCUAAUCUGGAGCCACAGUUUCCAGGUUACACUACACCUUAUGAGGAAAUGAUCAAGGAACUGACAUCCCAGCAUCAUGCUAUUCUUAUUGACUUGGGUCGUACAUUUCCAGCUCACCCAUACUUCAUGCAGACACUUGGACCUGGACAGCUAGCACUGUUUAAUGUAUUAAAAGCUUACUCCCUACUAGAUCAAGAUGUUGGAUACUGCCAGGGCCUCAGUUUUGUUGGUGGGAUCUUACUUCUCCAUGUUGAAGAAGAGGUAGCAUUUGGCCUGCUCAAACACUUGAUGUAUGUCAUGGGUUGUCGGCAACAAUAUAAGUCAGAUUUAAUGGGCCUUCAGUCGCUGUUUUCGUGCUAUCGGCGACUACCAGCGUGGUAACGAUUAUGACAAGACGAAGGCACGUGAUUCAGCAUUGUUGGUAUGCCGGAGCGGCGGGAAAUGUCAACGUUACAUCAGCUGAGUGGAGGAUUGUGAAGGAUAACUGUGAAAAAUAAACGUGCAAAGAGUAAACGUGAAGAAUAAAUAUAAAAAAUAACUGUGAAGAAUAAAUAUGAUGAAAAAUGUGGAGUGUCUUGCUGUAAUACACCACUCAUCUGUUGAUAGCCUAAUAUUUCCUAGGGAUAAUAGGUGAAAUAAUGGUGACAAGUAUUAAAGUUCUAUUAUUUAGCAGAUGUCAGCAAGACAGACUCUUCACCUAUAUUCAUUACAAUUGUUCAUUAUUCACAUUUAUUUAUUAGUCUUUACACAACAGGGCUGAUUUCGUUGUAUGUAUGCCCUAUGCAUAGGCUACAUAAUAGGCUAUCUAGAAUGAUAUGAGAGGUUGACCAAGAAGACAUAACAGGUGAAUAAUGGUAACAAGUAUUAAAGUCCCCCCUUCUCCUUUGUUGUGUACUUUUGCAACAAUAAACAAUCAAUCAAUCAAAUUGAAAUUUUCAGCAGGACAUUUACUGGUCAGCAGGUGAAGUGAAUUCAUGUCAUUCAAAUUCUUCUAAAAUUUUUCUCAUAUUACCAUUGAAGCCGUGCAACGUGUUGCUGCAGUGUGUAAUAUUGUUUAGCAUCCAUUUAAAGAAAUAAUAUAACCACUUGAGAGCAAAAAUUUGUCCUGUUUACUAAUUAAUUGUAUUGGUUAGCUCCAUUGGGGAGCUCCUGCGGCUACCAGAGCUCCAUUACCAAAGGUUCCAAUCUCUGGUACUGAUGCAAACAAACAGCGUUGCGAAGGAUGACUGUGAAAGCGGAUUUCUUGUUGGUAGCGGUGAUUGCCACUCAUUGGUAACGAUCAUUACAAAUGAAAGUGACUGUGAAAGCGGCCCUAAGUUAUUGAAAUACACAUUUCUUGUAUGGUCUUAACUUUAGAGGUAUUCUUCUUUAUGAAGUGCCUGUUUUUCGGGAGCAUGACCUGUUUAUAAAGCAAUGUUUGUCUUAACCCCUUCAACACGAGGAUACGUAUACUGCGUCCUUGUGCGCCCCGUACCAUAUCCGAGGACGCGCAUACUGCGUCCUGGCUCGCUUUAGCCAAUAUACGAGUUAUUUUAUC